AUGGUUUAGGAUUUGUCCAAUCUGCAAAACAUUUAACAAGAACAUAAGUGAAGUUCUUCGUUCAAAUUUUCUAAUCAAGUCAAGUUUCAAUUAAUUUAUUUAAUAAUUAUCUUGACAAACAAAUUAAUAUAUUUCCUAUAAAUUUAAUAAUGAAUAAAGUUAUUUCGAUUUUCACAUUUUAAUGCAAUUAAAGUGAAACAUUGAAGUUCUUUUUCAUCAAUAAUAAUUCUUGAAAACAAGAAAAGAUGAAUUUAUACAAAUGGAUCGAGGGAAGACAAAGUGGGAUACUUUCCACGAUUUGGACAAAAGACCAAGUCAUGAAAAGAAUCUAUACAAGACUCGAACCGUGUAACUACUGGAAUGAUCUAUAUCCUGCCCAUGUUAAUAACUCGGAAUAUGGGGCGAUUUUUAAUUUAGAAUUCUCUCCAGCUGGAAAUGUUUUAGCUGCUGCUUGUGAACGAAGGGCAAUUGUUCUAUUUGAUGCCAUUUCACAGAAACAAAUUCAAAGAGUUAUGAAAGCUCACACGGACAAUGUUAACUGCAUCAAGUUCCUUGACAAUAGGACAUUUGCUACUUGCUCCGAUGAUACAACAGUGGCCAUUUGGGACACACGUUAUUUAAAGAAUCGAGUUCGAAGUCUGCAGGGUCACUCGAAUUGGGUGAAGAAUAUUGAAUACUCGAAUAAGGAUAAGCUUUUAGUAACGUCUGGGUUUGAUGGGAGCAUUUUCACGUGGGAUAUUAAUUCCUACACCGAAGAAGGACUCAUCUACGAAAAAGUUUUCAACACUUCCGGGUUGAUGCGUUGUCGAAUAUCUCCAGAUGGUACUAAGCUGGUAAUGUGUACGACUGGAGGCUAUCUAAUGAUAAUUCAUCAUCUGGAUCUGACGACUCUGCAUAAGGAUUUGUGUGGAUUCAGACCGACUUUAUAUAGACUGAUGCAAAUGGCUAACCAAUUUAUACCUAACGCUGCCAAGUUUGAUCACAUUUUCUCCAAGAACCAGAAGAGAAAUCGUGUAGAAUUAGUGACUGAUUUUCCUGAUGACAAUGACGCCGAAAUAAUUCAUGCGCUUCAGAUUCACCCACAGGGGCUUUCAUUUCUAAGUCGCAAUGUUAGUAUUGAUGAACGAAACGAAUAUAGUUGCAUUCACGAUAUAAACGAAGAGUUGUACGAUUUUAAACCUCAUAUAAAACGAAAGAGGAAAAACAGCGAUUGCGAUCGACCCAGCACAUCUAAAGGUAUUCGAAGUAAGAGGAGAAUAAGACACACAAUAGUCCCUCACGAUUCCGAUUCCGACCAACCAUCAACCUCGAGUGGUAUCCGGCCCUCAGGCAGAAGAACCGAAGAACCAACUUCAGGAAGACGACCAAAGUUUCGAAAGAGAGUGGUCAGACAAGCAAAUCCUAGUAAUAAUGCCAACUACGAUAGUCAACCAUCCACCUCCACAGCCAUUGCUAUACCAGUGAUCCCCAACAACAGCAGCAGUACAAGUUCAACUGCAGCAUCAUCCACCGCUCCUGGAACAACUCCAACAACAAAUCGUGUCAAUUUUGUACCGGAUAUUUGGGCAGCAGAAAUAACCGUAGAAGAAAGAGCAGCUCGACAAACUCGACAAAACUCUACCAACACAGUCGCUGGCUAUGAUUUUGUGUAUGCCAUCAGCAGUGGGAUAAUGCAAACUUCAUCGGCAACCAAUAACUCAAGUACAACUGCAACUGCACCCUUACCUCCGGUUGCAAGCAAUGGCACCACACUAUAUUUAAAUGAUAAUCCAAUUCCCUACAGCGAGGAGUUCAUACUUCAGAAUGCUAAAAAACUUAUGUAUUAUGUACAGGAAUCAAAUGAAGGAAGAGGUUUCAUCAAAGAGCCAUCAUUCUCAUCCGAUGGACGAAUUAUUUGUUCACCAUACAAAAAUGGUGUACGAUUAUUUUCAUAUUCAGAAAACUGUUCCGAACAUCCAAGACUGUAUAUGAAUGAAGAAUUGAAAAGAAGUCCCAAGCCACUUGUUGAGGUGAAAAACAUUGACUGCCAUUCGGAUAUUGUACUUAGCACUUCGUUUAGUCCAACGCAACCACUUUUGGUGACAGGCUGUAAGCUGGGCAAGGUUACCUGGCAUUAUCCAUAUUUGUAGAACAAUAAUAUACCUAGGCAUAUUUGAAAUAGACCUUUUUUUUACAUAUAUACAUAUAUUUUCACCAUUUGUUUGAAUUUGAAAUAAGAUCUUUUUGUUUUAAGUAAAUUUGAACUAGUUUAACUAACUAUUGUAUAAAUCACCUGUGUAUCAAUAAAAUGGGAAGUUAUUUAAAUAAGAUUGCUGAAAAAGUGAAAAAGAGUACAAUAUUAAUUGCUUAA